AUGGGGCUAUCGGAACCGCGCAAGAAGCAACGCCUUGUGAGCGCUGCUAGUCAGCGCAAUACGUCAUGGAUGAAUGAUGCGUCCUUACCAGGACAACGAAUGAUGUCCAUGAUGGGCUGGUCACCAGGUACAGGUCUUGGUACCACAAACAAAGGUAUGACGACCAACAUCACUGUGGCCAUGAAGUUGGAUAAUAAGGGCAUUGGUGCCCAGCGUCAUGAGCGGGAGGCGUUAGCGCAAGGUAAAGCAGAUGCAUGGAUUGGUGCAGGUGGUGACUUGGGGUCGCUUUUUGAUCGCUUGAAUCAGGCGAAUGAUACCUCUGACUCCAAAGACACUCCUACGACAUCGACUGCUGCCGUAACCGCUGUGGCAGCAGUGAGCGAACCACGGCCAGUAUUUUCACGAUUAGCGCACCGUGCUAAGUUCCGUCGUGCUAAGCAAAUGGUUGGCACAAAUGCUAUGAGUAUGAAUGAAAUUUUGGGUAUCAAGCAAGGCGAGUCCAGUGACAUUGGUUCGCCUGCUAUUUCUACUCCUGUAUCUACUACGACCAGUAGUGCAGAAGAGUCUGACAGUGAGAGUGACGACCUAUCUGAACGCAAGUCGAAAAAGAAGGAAAAGAAAAAGUCCAAAGAAAAGACCAAGUCCAAGGACAAAAAGAAAAAGGACAAGGGUGACAAGUCGAAAAAGAAGGAUAAGAAAAAGUCCAAAAAGGAUGCCGCUGUAGUUUCUUCUAAGCGGAAGCGUGACGCGAAUGAAGAAGAAGAGACAGCAAUUCAUCUUGAAGAGGAGUCUAACGUCAUCAUGAAUACUAGUGGACAAUACGUGUUCCAGUAUUUGUCAAACAAACUUAUACGCAAGAAGGCUGAAAUUGCUCAGCGCAAGCGCGAACAGGGCAUAUGGUGGGGUUCAUAG